UCCCAAGAUGGCGGCAGCGGUGGCGCUCGGGAACCCGCGGCACCGUCCCGGCUGCUGAGGCGGGUCCCGCACGGCUGGUGACGGACGGGCCAGGCCGAGGACCGGCGAACGGGCGGCCGCCGCCUAUACGCGCCCCGCGGCCGGGGCUAGGCCGUGCCGCGGCGGCGCUGGGGGAUGCUCGUGCUGGGCCGGGCCUCUCCCUUCUCAACUUAGGGCGGCGGCGGGCCCGCUCCCCUGGCUCCCAGGCCAUGGCGCUGAGGGAGCUCAAAGUGUGUCUGCUGGGGGAUACAGGUGUAGGUAAAUCAAGUAUUGUGUGGCGGUUCGUGGAAGACAGUUUUGAUCCGAAUAUCAACCCAACAAUAGGAUCCUCCUCUUAUCGACAUCUGCCCUAUUAGUGCACUGAAACCACUGUUGCAGAGUUUAACAUCAGCUCGUGAAUGGCCAAGGCAUCUUUUAUGACCAAGACCGUCCAGUACCAGAAUGAGCUGCAUAAAUUCCUAAUCUGGGAUACGGCUGGACAAGAACGAUUUCGUGCCUUAGCGCCGAUGUACUAUCGCGGCUCGGCUGCAGCUAUAAUUGUUUAUGAUAUCACAAAAGAAGAGACAUUUUCAACAUUAAAGAAUUGGGUAAAAGAGCUUCGACAGCACGGCCCACCCAAUAUUGUAGUUGCCAUUGCAGGAAAUAAGUGUGAUCUUAUCGACGUAAGAGAGGUCAUGGAGAGAGAUGCUAAGGACUACGCCGACUCCAUCCAUGCAAUUUUUGUAGAGACCAGCGCAAAAAACGCGAUAAACAUAAACGAACUCUUUAUAGAAAUUAGUCGAAGAAUUCCAUCCACUGACUCCAACCCGCCUUCCGGUGGAAAGGGCUUCAAACUCCGAAGACAGCCUUCGGAGCCGAAACGGAGCUGCUGCUGACUGAGCCUCGGCCUCCAGGCUCAACGGUGAAGUAGGUGGUCCUGAAAGUUAGCGGGAGGGCUGGAGCCCUGUCGCCAGGGGUCGCCUCGCCGGUCUUGUAUCUUCUUCGGGCAACAAGGAUUCACAGGAAUUGACCGGUUCUGUUUCCUCUCUGGAGACUGCAGCAAUAAUAUUUCAGUCUGUGGACUUCUCUUCUGUAAAGAAUCUCUGGUGUACAAAGGGACUACAUCAUAGGCUUUUGACCUUGCUGAGAAGGAGUGUAUAAUUGUAUAGAUGGUAGGAUUAAAUUGUUGAGUAGUUUUGUAAUCAAGAGUUUAUGUAACAUUUGUAAAGGGAAAAUUAGCACUUUUGUGGUUCUUAAGGGAAGAAAAAGACCUUGUGGAGAUGAUCAUUUCCUUGGUUUCCCAUUGGUACCCAUGAUACCAUUUCCUUGGUGGCAUUUAGAACGUGGUCGGUUGUCAUGAAUGGAGGGAUGGCAGUUCUUAUUAUUUGAAGCUAAAAUGGAUUAUUUAUAAGGGCUGACGGAGAUGGUUUCACCCCUGCCGUCUCUAAAGCACUUUGCAUUGGGUACAUCAGCCCAGGACAUGCACAGUAAACUCACAGCAGCAGGUGCAUGCCUCACCCUGGGUUUGCAUGUGUCACCAGGCACAUUAUUGGCACCUUUGUAAGGAAGCUGUCGCGAUCAAGGUGGUGGUGGUAGAGAAGCUGCCUGGAAUAAAUUGAAUUGCAGAUGAUCAAACUGACUAGCAGUGGUUUACAAAGAGAAGAAGAGAGAAAGUAAAGAAAGUGGUGUAAAUGCUGUCAAUUUUUUAUUUAACCGAGAUAUUUUGGUGGGGGAGACAAUGAUCUGUUGCUUAGCAUAUGUAAAGUUGUAGUCUAUAUUUACGAGACCAUUGCUUACAGAUUAUAAAUUAUGUAAAUACAUUAACAAAUUCUGUGUUUCAUUCAACACUCCAUUUACUCUCGUACUGUGCCCGCCCAUUUCGCAGCCUGUGCACAGGAGGCUCCUUGAAGCACGUUGACCUGGUGCAAAAGCUUAGAGCGCGUGGCUUGUGAUCGGUCAGGAUUUCUCUGCCUUCCCUCCCGCCGCCCCCGCCCCUCCAGUCCCAUCUGGAAAUCAUUGUGAAGACGGUAUGCCACUUUGACAAGCCUGACUAGCCCUUCCUAGCUUCGGGGCAAAAGGUUAAGGUCCCGAGCUCUCCACAUUUACCUACCUGGUCUUGGGGGUAAGUUUCUUUUAGCUUUUACAGCGACCUCAGGCCAGCUGUUUUGAGAGAGCUUUCCUUGUUAACAAUUUAGCCUGUCUUUCCGUUUCCCCUGUUUUCCCCUGCCUCUCUUAGUGGUUAAAGCUCUUUUCCCUCAGGGAGCCUACUGAGGUUUUUAAUGUAAUCUAAAAAUAAAGCACUAAAGUGAAGUUGGUGAAAAUUUGUUCCUGGUCUAAUUUGGCACCCUUCCAACAUGAGUAUUGUAAGGGAAGGAAAUGUACAAGAUUGAAUAGGAAAUGAAACAGUUUGAAUUUCAAACUAAAUUGUGCUUUCAGAGCUAUCCUUAAACUGAACAGUUGAAACUUUUAAAACUAAUGGUUAUUUCUUUGUGCCCCCCACUUGAUACGGUUAGAUUGUAAUGGGAAAAUUAUAACUCAGAUUAAGUAAAAAACGAUUCCCUUUCCCCUGGUGUAUGUCUUAAGCAUUUGGAAUUGCUUAUUCUCUUAUCGAAAUCAUAUAGAAGGAACGUUGGUAGUGAAAAGUCUAAUGUUUUGUUUAAAAUACGUGUGGACUCUGUGCCCCUGCAGCAUCUAGCGUCCUUCCCAGCGUGAAAUUAGCAAGCUUUCAGAGAGAAUGCCUGAUUCCAAAGGCUGGGCUCUUCACACCUGAAGGUGGUUUGGCUUUGUUUCAUAUACUUCGAAAUGGAUCCGGCCAUCAGGCCACUGCCCUGGUUUGUCCCUAACAUUCCCACUGCUGGGCCUCUAUCUCCAUGACAACAACAUAAAACAAAGGUUGCUGGAUUCACGGAGAGGCGACGCGUGUGUGGCCCUUUCCCUCUUUUUUCACCAAAAGAUCACACAAAUCUGUGACCUUCACAUGUUUUCAACCAAAGCUGUCAGUCAGCGUGGAUGAUUUCAUGACGUCUGGGUGCACAGGGAAAGGCAAAGUGCCUCGGUGCCUCUCUGAUUGGUAAGCCCUCCGAAUGCCUCUCGUCCUAUUGUGACAUUUACUGCACGGAGCCCAGAACGGGUCCCUCCUUCAGCCCUCCGCAGCCGCCUUCUCAUCCUGAUUUCUCGUUCUCCUUCCCAUGUGUUCCUCAUGCGUUUCAGGGCCUCUCUUGCUCUCAUUUUCCUCGGUCUGUCUCAGAAAUUGCCAUGGCUGUUUCUCAUGUGGUGUCUUUUUAAUGCUUAACAAUAACAACUACACAUUGCUUUCUCAGAAUUCAUAAUUCAUACUCGAUGAGAACAGGGGAAAAAUGUUUUCAGUUAUCUUGUUUGCUUCUCAAAUGCAGAGACGAAUAUUAAAGUCAGAAACAGUGUUUUAUUUUGAGCCCACAUUGGAUUAUUCACCUAAAGAGUGAUCUAGUACACGUUUUAUAUAUUCUUUAUUCUUAUUUCUUAUUAUGAGAAAAUUCUAGAUUGUAUAAGAAUUGAGACAUAGCCCAUCUAUAAAACUCUUCUUUUGGUUCUCUUAUGACGCAGGGCCAUCUUUAAAAACUUUGGGGACUGAAAAGAGAAAAAGCAUUAAUUAGCUGCAAGUGUAUAUUGAUUCUUCUCAGAGAAAUGGAAAUCAGCUCUUCGCAGGUGUCCAAUCUUAGUAACCAUUGGUCUUAAGAACUCUCCUUUCACACAAGUGUUUUUCUGAUUCUGUGAUAACUCAUUAACUGUCAUUUGGUGAUUAAAAGAACAUACAGUAUGGGUAUGAUUAAGUGUCCUUCAUUUUAAACUCUCUUUAAGAAGUGAUUAGGGAGAAGUGCCUAUCACAGGCCCUUCUGGUUCCAAAUGAAACCUCCAUCACCUGCUUUUCAACCACAGGCCACGUUCUACACAUAGCAAAGGAAAGGUUUGAUUCCUUUAGAAUAACACACUUCCUGGUCGCCUGUGUGUGAUUUUGUUUGAGGUGCCUGCUUCCCGUUGUACACAGGCUUCCUGGAUUCCUCCCCACGUCUGAAAGGAUUGACCCUCCUCUGUUGGAGGCCCGACCUCCUCUAAGUGGGCUGGUGUCCUUCUUGAGGUUGUCGGGUUUUAUUAUUUCUAAAUAUAUAAAAAGGGAAAGAAAACCACAUUUAAUUUCAGAACUUCUCUUUACGUUUUGUGUUUAUUUCUUUUCUGUUCUCAAGAAGGAAAAUAGGUCUAGGAGACCUUCUAAAUUAAACUCUGGGAGAUAGAAUAAUGAAACUAUCUUCAGACGACUAUUCCAUGGCUUUCCUGGAGGCGUCAAACCAGCGUAUCUGUACUGUUAUGGCGUUGUGUUAAAAUGGGCAGAUUUAAUUCAAUCUACACUGCGCUAAUUGGCAUGUCAGCCUCAGAGCUUGAAAAGGCAUUUGUUCACUGUUACAUGCAUCUUUUUACAGGCUGAGAGUAAGUUGCAAAAGAGGUUGUAUAAAUUCUUACAAGCAUUUUUUCACUUGUUUUUUUCAGAACACGCUGAGAAAGUGAUUCAUGGCCCCUUAGUGUAUAAGAAAAUACACGCACAGUGUGUUAUGUGUAUGACAGACGAGCCCCCUACACAUUCGGAUGUCUUUGCAAGAACCUGUAUAAGUAAUGAGAAAAUCCUUUCCUUCUGGGGAAAAGUUAUUAGAAUCCCCUUAACUCUGAUCUGUACUAGGUACCUGCUGUAGAACAUCUGGGGGAGAAAUGACAGCCCACAGACUCAGGCUGGCUCUUCUCUCCCAACUCAUUAGGCUGCAAGUGUUCCUCCUGUCUCUGUAAUGAAAGUUAAACAACAGUGAUAAGCUAGAGAGUGGAAACCUGUCAAAAUUCUUCAUUAUUUAAAUUUGUUUUAAAGGGACUAUAGCAGCAUGACUUGUUUGACUACAAGAGAUCGUCUACCUCUUAACAGUUAAUAUUUUUUAAAAGAAGAAGCUAAAUGUACCUUCAAGGGUCAGGCUGUGACUAUAUAUAUACCUGCCCUCAGUUAGCUUGGUCCAUCAAAAAUUUUUAAAUGAUUCAAGGUAAUGUUUAGGAGAUGUGUUUUAACACCUGUGGUACUAUGAUUGAAACAAACAAACAAACAAAAAAACAGUCCAAGCAACAAAUUUAUCCAGGAGAUAAACAUGAUACUGUAUAGUCUUAGCAAAGGGAGGCGGAGGUGGAAUUUAGCCUUGGACUGAAAGAAGUGACCUCUGCCCAUUUCUCUUGCUUGUCUUGACUUCCAGUAAUAGAAAUCCAGGCCAUGUGGUUAUCCGGUUUUCAUGAAAUAUUAAUGGAAUUCUGGGGCAUUUGUCCUGUUAUAUGUGCAAAUGAAAGUCUAAAAAAAAAUUAGGAGGGUAUUACAUUCUUCAGGAGCCCCCACUUUUUCAGUCUAAGAGAAUGAUAAGUGAGCAACCUGUUACUGAUGAAGUUUCAUUAGGCAUAAUGAAGAAAGAGAAUAAAUAGAACCGAGAAUCUCCAUCUUUCUCAGUGUGUCCUUCAGGAUUCUCCUAGCAUGUAAGGAAAAUGAUUUACUUCCCAAAUCGAGAAGGACUUCCAGGGGCAUAGAUCAACUUUGAUUUUUGGUCUGUACCAUCAGAAAUAACUAAUAUCUGUGUUCUUUCCUCUUAGAGUAUAAUCAGUUCCAGAUAGGCUAGAACUGUUCGUAGCUUUCAAACAAAAGAUUCAGAAGUUUAAUAAAAAGAAAAAUCUGAAAUCUUCCAUCUUUUCCUUUCAUUAUCUUGAACAUUUUAGAUAGAUAGUAAGAUUAGGAUGUGUCAUCAGUAGAUACUAGAAUUAAAACCAUGGAGUCUUAAAAAAUUAAACAGAAAUUUUAAAAAACUCAUGGCCAGUUCAUUUUCAGAUCGGUGUGCAUGGUCCUGGCGUCCGGUGCCUCAUCAAAAUGCUUCAUAAUUGAAACAAACUUCUGGGUAGCUUUCCACGAACAGGAAUUCAAGUGCCAGGAAUUCAGCCAGUUAAUGGGAAAUCCUCAGAUAGGAAUGAUUUUUUGGAAGAGCCUUCUCUAAUUGGCAGUUUUAAACUGUAGACCUUAAUCAUCCCCUUUGCAAUCCUGCAAAAGGAACAGAAUGCUCCGGUUUCGAUGCACCUUCUCGAUUCAGGAACUUUUUCGUGUUUCCAGAAGCAAAUUGUUUAAAGCGGUGCUUCAGAGGAAAUCAUCUUUAAAACAGCAUUUCACACACAGGGCUGACAAUCUUUACUCAGAAUUGCACUUAUCCAAGAAACUCCCCGUCUUAUGUCACGGAGAAAAGCCGAGCACCCGUUCUUCGCCUGGGCAAGCCCAGCACCCAGUGAGCACCAGCUAGAGUGGGACAGGCCCGGGGGCGAGGUGGAGCACGCCCCCUCCCACUUCAGGAAUCGUCAGCACCCAGCAGCGUGUGACAUCAAUUGGAGCUUAACCCUUAAUUCAUCGUUAUUAAUUUUUUCAUGAAAUUUAUACUUGAAUCAUCAGUUUCACCCACUGGAAAAUGUUGAAAGUGGGGCUUGAACUUGUGUACCUCCGCUGACUCUGCCUCUGCGGUUAUUACCUAGUUUAGGAAACUUUCUUAAUGGGGGUCAUGCACGUGCUGUCCAAGCGACUGGUCGAUUCAGCGUGGGGACAAUUAGCAGCAGCUGGCUAGUCAGAGCGACUGACGGGUGGCUGUUCUUCAAACCAUUUGUUGUACUGUGUAGACGGAGCUUUAUUGCCCUGGAAAAGAUUUUUUUUUUUUUUUUUUUUUACUCUCAUCCAGCCUCUCAGUCUUUCCAUCAUCUCCCUUUAUGAGUCACUCACAUGAUUGUCGAUCAUGCCUCUGACCGUCUUAAGAACGGACGUCUUGCCUUCUCUGCGAUCGAAGCCGACUUCUUGGCCUUAUUUCUCUUCUUCUCAUUUUGCUGCGGGCUCUCCCUUAAAGACGCAGGGCGCCAGCCGCCUCCUCAGCGCGUGUGACAUGCCUUCCCAUGCCGCCUUACCUGGUCGCAGCGGUAAAGUUUGCCCACCACAUCCAACAGGGGAAGCAGUAGGCAACCUGUACUGUCAGAUCACACAAAGGCUAAUUUUAGGGGAAGAAAUCCAAUAUUUCCAGCGAGGAAAAGGGCAGUACUAGCUUACAGUGGCAACAUGGCUGCGGAACAAAAUGUUUCUUACCGCGGGCGAUGAGGCAGUUUAAGUGUCAGCACCUCGCUUAGUUUGUAAUAGAACAUUUGUUAAAGUAUGUAAAACCCCAAGUCUAAAGUCUUGGAGAGAAACGGCUGUGGAGAUGAGCCUAGACAUUUAAAAAAAAAAAAAAAAAAAGCUAAGCCGUUGUACCAGCAAUUCUUAUUUCUCCUAAGAAUGUCAUGCCUUUUCAAGACCUGAUGCAAGGAGUAAGAUAUUUGUGCCUUUCUAUAAUAGCGUCUAUUAUGAAAAAAAUCAAGUUGCUUACAGUUUAGGCCGCCUUGUUGCACUACAAACAGCCCAAAUUUGUAGCCGUGGCUUCUCUGCAUGACGCAUCGCUUGAUUACCUGUGAUGAAAUAUUGUAAUGAUGGUUUGCCAAGCUUAUAUGGAUGUUUGAAGACUUUAUUUUUGCAGUCUUAACCUUGGGCUGGACCUAAGUCUAUAUAUAAACUGUAUGAUGUCUGUACUGUUUGUAGAUGCUGACGAAAGAAAACUUGAUCUUUUGAUUUUUGUUGUAAGAUUUUUCUUUUUACAUUUAGGCUGGUAGUAGAUAGUUGCAGUGGUGGUUGAUUUGGCAUACUUUUAAACUGUAUUGUUUUAGCUUGAAUAUUCUAUACUAAACUUUUAUAGAGUAUAACAUGCUAAGUCACUACAAAAUUUGUUGUAUUGUAAGGAGAGUGUAAACAUUUUGUUAAUAAAAAUGCUAUGUUUCCAGAUAUA